AGCGGACCUGUUCCUUCUUACUCGGUGUUUUAAAAUUGCGAUUUCCGACGAAUUUAUAAAUAUGACAUCGUUAUAGAAAAGGCGCGUGUCCUAAAACACCACAGCGCCCGAUCAUUUCUCUAACCCGGUCAGAAGUGCUGCCCGCUGAACCCGUCCCCGGCCCCCGGGGCUCCUCUACGAGGAAGUUCUGCCGCCUCGCGUGGAACCGUGAAAAGUUUGAAACGUGGCUCUUCCUCCGCGCACCGCUCUGGUGCUGCGCCUCAUGGCUCGCGACUCCUGAAGAUCAAAGCCCUCCGCGGAACGGUCCAGGGCGCGAGGCGAGCGGUAGUUUUUCCGGGAACGUUUUGGGUUUUAGUUGAACGCGGUCCCCCACGAGCCCUUCUUCUUCUUCCGCCCAGCCCGGGAGUAACCAGCCGCCGAGGGGAUCAGUUGGCUCGCGGAGGAGAUCUGUCGGCUGGCGGAGGGGAUCUGUUGGCUCGCGGCUCUUGAGGUCAGCAGGAUGGCUGAGAAGGAUCCAGUAUCGCCUGGAAAGCUAAAGACAAUAUUAUAGCAAAAAUCGUUUUUUUUCGGAAUAUCCGAAGGGACUAUUUUUUUUCCCCCUUUCCCCCUGCUGUGGAUAAUGGAUGGCCGAGAUUUUGGGUCUCCCCGAUCCGUCCAUGUCCCUCCUCCGCUGCUGGCGGGACUCGCUAUGGAGGCUCAGCGGCUCGGAGCCGCAACAGCUGCCGGGAGGAUCGCUCCCUCGCCCGGGCAUUUGGGCACGAGUCAUCCGCCGCCUUUACACUCCGGGAAAUUUAUGCCAUCGCCUCUAAACAUUCAUCCCCACCACAGCGAUGUGUUCCCGGGGUCCGUCCCCUUCCUGUCCGGGUAUUCGGCCGCCUCCCACCUGACCUCUGACCCCGCAUACAGAGCAGCCAAUCCCAGCAACCUACAGAUGGCCCAGCUGUGGGCCUCGCACGGCCACGAAGGCCUCUCCGCUCUGCCCAGCAGCCUCUACCCCGCCCACUACCUGUCCCUGGACACCUGGACGGCCCCGCCCUCACCCAGCACCCCUCUACGACUCGCACAAAGAGGGAUUCUACCUGCCAUCCUCCCUCAGCCAAUCAGCGCUCCUCCCUCCCCCUGCGCGCGCCCCCCCCUCCCCCCCAGCACCACACCCCCUCAGCGGACCUCCCGGGACGGGGGCCGCGACCGGCCCUACCGGCCGACCGGGAGCGGGAGAGGGAGAGAGAGCGGGAGAGGGAGCGGCAGAGGGAGGCGGAGAGAGACGGGGAGCGGUUGAGAGAGGAGGCGCGGCCGUACGGCGUGGUGGACCUGACCAGGACAGGGGGGUGGCAGGGGGCGGGGCCGGGAGCAGAGCUGGCCCCGCCCCCCGUCCCACCACGCCCUGUACCCGGGCUCCGAGGGGGGGGCGGGAGGAGGGCGGGGUCCGGCCGCAGCACGCCGGCCACGCCCCCGGCCACGCCCCCUGCCACCCCAGCCCCCCGAGGCCCCUCCCCCC